AUGGGUCAAAAGCGCUUCGAGCGCGUGCUCAAGCAACAACAACGCGCCGUAGAGACCGCUGAGAGCGUUAAGCGUCAGCGCGGACCGAGCAUUCGGGAGAGAGUCGCAGCGUACAACACCGAGCUCAUCGCCGCCGCCGACCUCUCAGCUGUUCGCGGAUGGAGCUCGAGCGACGCAACGACGAGCGCGCGGGAUGAAGGGUUUUCGAGGGUGCACUUUAGUAAUCUGGACGUUCGCGUCGAUCCGGUAGCGAUGAAGGAGGCGCUGCGGCGGUUCGUGACGGACGUAGCGCGCGAGGCAGGCGUGGAAGACGAAACGGUGGGCGACGUCAACGUCGGGACUUUCGGACCAUGCCGACCGAAGACGAGGCGGGAUAGGGACCGUGAACAUCGCGGAUUUGCAACGUGUGCGUUUCAGAGCGCGACGGACGCCGAGGCGGUGGCGAUGAUGGCGAGCGGACGCGCGCUCAACGUCGGGACGGAUUCAGUAGUACGGGAAAUUCGGGCAAAGGUGGACUCAAAUAACGAAUACGACGACGAAUUUGUGAAAGGGCUCCGCGGGAAGGUACCGGUCGUGAAGGAGGUGAAAGAGGAGGUGCGGAAGAAAUGGAAUUUGAGCGAGCUGUGCGACAGCUUACCCAUGCGAGAGAGUUGCUUGUCGACGCACACUCGAUUUAGUGAUUUAGAUGGAUACUUGAGGGUGCGAUUUCUAGAGUACCUGAGCACGACAGUGCCGGCAAUGCCGGAGCUCGCGGGUGUCGUGCUCGCGAUGGAGAAGACCUCCCCGCAAUAUUUACGGGUCAAGGAGCUCUUGGAAUCCAUCGAGGUCUUCAAGCUUGUCGUGGCGCAUCUUCAGUCGGCGGAAAACUUACGGCGGAAAGUUCAUUACGACACCUUCUUUGACCUGGCGUGCGGCCACGGUCUCGUCGGUGUCAUGCUCGCGCACGCGUUUCCGGGACGGAGAGUUCGUUCGUUUGAUGUCGCGCGACGGCCAGCUUUUCUAGCAUUUUGCCACGGCUUCGCAAAUGUCUCGACGGAUUGGAGUGUUGAGAGUGAUGUAGAUUGGACACGCGAGGGGGAGUUUGUCCCCGAGAAUCGGUUCGAAGAGGGCGACCACAAGAGAGAUAAACCAGAGGCAUCGAAUGUAGACGAUUGCGAAGAGAAACCGGCGCUACCGAACAUUGAUUUUACGCAUGGUGACAUCGUAGCUGCGAAGGCAUUUCUGAACGACGCCAGUUUUGUCAUCGCGCUUCAUGGCUGCAACGAGUUGAACAAAAUCGCAGUCGAUAUGGCGCGCGACAUCAACGCUCUGUGGUGCGUCAUGCCGUGCUGCAUCAAGACGAACAUCUAUAUCCCAAAUGCCAUCGUCUCGAAGCUCAACGACGACGCGCGGUACGCCUUCAUGUGCGGAGCGAUCGCGGCCAUGCAUGAUGCUCAGCUAAUCCGCUCCAUCGACGUGCGCAUCACCAAUCGAGCGAUCGUCCUCUGCGGUGGGAUCACAGGGUAUGUCAAGGGAUGUUUCUUCAUGGACGGCUCCGCGAAGAUUCUUCGUGAACGAGCGCAAUAG